UAUUACAGGGGCUUUUGUGCACUUAAGGCUGUUUUUUUUACACCGUCUGUCCUGAAUGGAUUAGCUUAAAUCAGGUGUGGACGGGCUUUUUAAAGGACCUACAAUACUAGUUUUUCAAGAGACGGAAAUCUCAAAUGCUCAGACAAUCCUCCUGGCUGCUGCUGUCAACCAUCUAACCAUGUGGAUUUUUAAUUUUUUGCUGAGUUUUGACCUGAAGGGACUUUUUCUGUUUAUUCUUCUGUUCAUUCUAAUGGCAGACUACCUUAAACACAGGAAUCCACCAAACUAUCCUCCAGGACCACGGGGUCUACCCAUCGUGGGGAAUUUCUUGAGUGUGGAUGACAAAGACCUACACAAUUAUUUUACCAAGCUGGCGAAGAUCUAUGGGAAUGUAUUCAGUGUCCGCAUGGGUGGCAGUAAGAUGGUGGUUGUGUCUGGAUACAAGAUGGUGAAGGAAGCCGUAGUGGCACAGGCUGACAACUUUGUGGAUCGACCAUACAGUGCAAUGGAAGACAGGAUAUACUCAGGAACCUCAGGUGGUCUGAUCCAGAGCAAUGGUGAAAAAUGGAGCAAACAACGACGUUUUGCUUUGUCAACCUUACGCACUUUUGGAAUGGGCAAAAACAUCGCAGAACAGAGUAUCUGUGAGGAGCUCCGACACCUGCAGGAGGAAAUAGAGAAGGAAAAAGGUGGAUCUUUCAACCCAGGAACCCUUUUCAACAAUGCUGUAUCCAACAUUAUUUGCCAGCUGGUGAUGGGGAAAAGGUUUGACUACAGCGACCACAACUUCCAGAUCAUGCUUCAGUAUAUCUCUGAGAGUAUUCAUCUGGAGGGAAGCAUAUGGGCUCUACUCUAUGACUCCUUCCCUGGAGUGAUGAAGUACCUGCCAGGUCCUCUCAAUAAAAUGUUCUCCAAUUUCAACAUCAUCGAAGACUUCAUUGGUCAGGAAGUAAACAGGCACAAGAAGGACCUGGACUGCAACAAUCCUCGAGACUACAUCGACACUUUCCUUAUUGAGAUGAAGAAGUACAAAGAGGGUGAGCUGGGCUUCACUGAGACCAAUCUGGCUCUGUGCUCUCUGGAUCUGUUCCUGGCUGGAACAGAAACAACCUCCAGCACUCUGCUGUGGGCUUUGGUUUACCUCAUGAAAUACCCUGAGAUCCAGGAGAAAGUUCAGGCUGAGAUAGACAAAGUGAUCGGACAGAACCGCCAGCCCUCCAUGGCUGACAGACCAAACAUGCCCUACACCGACGCUGUCAUCCAUGAGAUCCAGAGGAUGGGAAAUAUUGUUCCACUCAAUGGAUUCAGGAUAGCUGCCAAGGAUACAACACUGGGUAGUUACUUCAUUCCAAAGGGUACAUCCUUGAUGCCAUUCCUGACCUCUGUGCUGUUUGACAAGAACAAAUGGGAGACUCCAGACACCUUCAAUCCAGAACAUUUCCUCGAUGCUGGAGGGAAGUUUGUGAAGAGAGAAGCAUUCCUGCCUUUCUCUGCAGGGAAACGUGCGUGUCUUGGAGAAAGCCUUGCUAAGAUGGAGCUGUUCCUGUUUUUGGUGGGUUUACUGCAGAAGUUCUCUUUUUCUGUUCCUGAUGGAGAUGAACUGACAACUGAAGGCAUUACUGGAGUUACUCGUGUACCUGUUCCCUUCAAGGUUCAUGCCAAGGUCCGCUGAAUUGUGCAGCAUCUUAUGAUGCAUGAAUCACAUCUAGCAGAGAAGACUGAGCAAAAUGCUUUUGGAGAUAAAGUUGUAAUCUGAGCUUUUUAUUCUCAUUUGAUUACAUUCUGUGAGGAGGACCUGUUCAGUCUUUUAAAUUCUACACAGAAUUUUGAGUGACAAUCAUUUUUGCAUAAUAUUCUUGUACUUUUAGCGCUAUGUACACACGUGGACAAAAUUGUUGGUACCCCUCAGUUAAAGAAGGAAAAACCCACAAUUCUCACUGAAAUCACUUGAAACUCACAAAAGUAACAAUAAAUAAAAAUUUAUUGAAAAUUAAAUAAUCAAAAACAGCCAUCACUUUUGAAUUGUUGAUUAACAUAAUUAUUUAAAAAAACAAACUAAUGAAACAGGCCUGGACAAAAAUGAUGGUACCUCUAUAAAAGAUUGAAAACUAUUUGACCAGAGUGACAUGAUUAACUCAGGUGUGUCAUUUAAUUGACAUCACAGGUGUUUCCAAACUCAUAAUCAGUCAGUCUGCCUAUUUAAAGGGAGACAAGUAGUCACCCUGCUGUUUGGUGAAAAGGUGUGUACCACACUGAACAUGGACAACAGAAAGCGAAGGAGAGAAUUGUCCCAGGACAUCCGAAAAAAAAUUAUAGACAAACAUCUUAAAGGUACAGGCUAUAAGACCAUCUCUAAACAGCUUGAAGUUCCUGUGACAACAGUGGCUCAUAUUAUUCAGAAGUUCAAGACCCACGGGACAGUAGCCAACCUCCCUGGACGUGGCCGCAAGAGGAAAAUUGAUGACAAAUUGAAGAGACGGAUCGUUGGAAUUGUAUCCAAAGAGCCCAGAGCAACCUCCAAAGAAAUUAAAGGUGAACUCCAAGGCCAAGGUACAUCAGUGUCAGAUCGCACCAUUCGUCGUUGUUUGAGCCAAAGUGGACUUCAUGGGAGACGACCAAGGAGGACACCACUGCUGAAAAAAACUCAUAAAAAAGCCAGACUGGAAUUUGCAAAAAUGCAUGUUGACAAGCCACAAAGCUUCUGGGAGAAUGUCCUUUGGACAGAUGAGACCAAACUGGAGCUGUUUGGUAAGGCACAUCAACUCUAUGUUCAUAGACUCAAAAACCAAGCAUACGAAGAAAAGAACACUGUCCCUACGGUGAAACAUGGAGGAGGCUCAGUAAUGUUUUGGGGCUGCUUUGCUGCAUCUGGCACAGGGUGUCUUGAAAGUGUGCAAGGUACGAUGAAAUCUGAAGACUAUCAAGGCAUUCUGGAGAGAAAUGUGCUGCCUAGUGUCAGAAAGCUUGGUCUCAGUCGCAGGUCAUGGGUCUUCCAACAGGACAACGAUCCAAAACACACAGCCAAAAACACCCAAGAAUGGCUGAGAGAAAAGCGUUGGACUAUUCUAAAGUGGCCUUCUAUGAGCCCAGAUCUGAAUCCCAUUGAACAUAUGUGGAAGGAGCUGAAACAUGCCAUUUGGAGAAGACACCCAUCAAACCUGAGACAACUGGAGCUGUUUGCUCAUGAGGAGUGGGCCAAAAUACCUGUUGACAGCUGCAGAACGCUCAUUGACAAAUACAGAAAUCGUUUAAUUGCAGUGAUUGCCUCAAAAGGUUGUGCAACAAAAUAUUAAGUUAUGGGUACCAUCAUUUUUGUCCAGCCCUAUUUCAUUAGUUUGUUUUUUUUAAAUAAUUAUGUUAAUCAACAAUUCAAAAGUGAUGGCUGAUUUUGAUUAUUUAAUUUUCAAUAAAUUUUUAUUUAUUGUUACUUUUGUGAGUUUCAAGUGAUUUCAGUGAGAAUUGUGGGUUUUUCCUUCUUUAACUGAGGGGUACCAACAAUCUUGUCCACGUGUGUAUAACAAAAACAUUUCCAGUGAUAUUGUAAACAUGCCUUUUGUAAAAUAACAAUGAAGCUGUACUAUUUUUGUGACAAUCAGUGAUAUAAAUUGAAGAGAUGUUUCAUUUUA